CUGAGGUCAACACGCAAUAACAGUCAUACACAGCAUUUUUGCAAGACCCAAGUUCAGUACAGCACACCAACCAACCCCUCAUUACCUGCUAUGUGACAAUGGGCGCCUUCUUCCAAACCAUCCCCAAAAACCUCAUAUCAUGGAUCCUAGAGCAGAAAGUCUUCUGGAUCGGCUCCGCCCCGCUCUCGGGCGAUGGCCACAUCAACGUAUCGCCCAAGGGCGGCAUGUACUUUGGUGUCAUUGACGAGAAGACAUUCUGGUACUGCGAUCUCACCGGCUCCGGCGUCGAGACCACAAGUCACCUGCACGAGCCAGGAAACGGUCGGAUCUGCGUGUUAUUCAAUGCUUUCGAUGGGCCCCCAAGAAUCGUACGGUUAUGGGGCAAAGGCAACGUCCUGGAGUACGGCAGCUCUGAAUUCAAGGCGUUCGUCGCGAAACACGAUGUGAAGACUAUCCCAGGCGUGCGAUCCAUCAUUGUUGUUGAUAUACACCAAGUCGGAUCGUCGUGUGGCUUCUCCGUGCCCACGUACAACUUCAAAGACUUCCGCACCACCUUGAACGAGUUCGCAGAGAAGCGCUUGAAAUCCGACGAAGAAGGAAACACUAAAGAUGGAAUGGAGAGGUAUUGGGCUCAUAAGAAUGCUUACAGUAUGGAUGGCCUUCCUGGUCUACAACGUGGUUAUCAGACCCUCGUUCGUGAUAAAGUCGCUCCGAUCAAGAAAAUGGUUGGUCCAUACGCACCAACCGCACCCCGAAGACCUCCAAGAGGGGUACACCCGGUGUGGUUAAUCAUAGUUGCAAUGUUCAGUUUCAUCGUCGGCAUCUUGAUGCCAGUCUGGUUCCCAGUAUCGCAGAGGAUGGUCUGGAAAAGAGGGGUGUAGUUGGGGGUAGGAGUCUCACUUUCACCUGUUAUACUCGACGUAGGACUUGAUCACAACCGUUUUCGAUGAGCCUACAUACCCCUGAGCUCGAAUAUGUGCUCACUUGGCUGGUUAUUGAUACUGUCAUUACUGACUGAAGUUCGAAAGUUGGACAAAUAAAAUCUGUAUUUUAUCCAUACAUCAUGCAAAAACCUACAUAAGCGAAUAUGCCAGCCAUCUACGCUGGCAGUAACUAGAUCGCAAUGCCGC